UGCUUACUGUGUCUUUAAAGUCGCGUAAGAGGGUGGGGGGCUGCUGUGCACCAGUUGGAGGUGUGUGCCUGUCGCAGCGGCUCGGGGCUGACAUUGAACGCUUCAGUUGGGAGGAAACGUCACGGGCUGAAACUGCAUCUGGAACAGAAGCUGAUCAGGAGGGUACAUGGAUGGACAGAGGAGUUCCGCCAUCAAAUCAUCAGCCGGCGCGAGGAAUCUCUGGGUAUAAUGGGCAAUACGGCACCCAAACCUCUGAUAGAUGCAACUCUACAGCACCACCCGGUGGCUAACAGGCAGUAUUACACCAUGCCAAAUAAUGAAGCAGGUGUAGAAAGAAGAACAUCUGCCCCCCCAGUCAACAUCAGCCUGGAUUCACCCCGAUUUCAUCCAUAUGCGAAGGGCAAGAACAUCAGGCUGGAUGGACACUUUCGGCGUGCCACCCGCAAGAACAGCUUCUGCAACGGCAUCACAUUCACCCACCGACCCGUUCACCUUUAUGAAAAGGUGCGCUUACGCUUGACUGGCGUGCAUACUGGCUGGAGUGGAGCUCUACGUUUUGGUUUUACCAGCUUGGAUCCCAGUGAACUGGCGGCUUCUGACAUCCCCAAAUAUGCUUGUCCAGACCUGGUAACACAGCCUGGAUACUGGGCCAAGGCCCUGCCGGAGAGGCUGGCCCUGAAGGACAAUGUUCUUUCAUUCUGGGCCGACCGCCAUGGAAGAGUUUUCUACAGCAUCAACGAUGGAGAGCCCGUCCUCUUCCACUGUGGGCUCAGCAUCGGCUGUCCACUCUGGGCCAUCAUAGACAUCUACGGCAUCACUCAGGAGGUCACGCUUCUUGAGAGCACGUUUGCUGAGAGCGUGGGGUCCAGCUGCCUGAGUGCAGCCCGUCUGAGUGCCUAUCUGCCUCAGAGCAGCCACGACUCGGCCAAUUACAGCAACAAUCAGCUGGAGAACAACCAGGCUGCUGCUGCUAAGAUGGCUAACCUGCAGCUUGGCAGCUACUCUCAGGCCAUCCCCUGCUGCUCGUCAAACUCUACUUCUUCCACGCCGUCUUCAUCUGUCUCAACCGUGUUCCCGAGGGUGGUCCGGGGCCUGCACUCCAUGCUGGAUAAUGACUUGCACUUUCACCUCACCCGCGGUUCUGAUGUGAUUCUCUCUGCCGACCGCUCUGCCGCCUGCAUCCAUUUCCUGGAUAGCAGUCGGACUCUGGUGUUCAGUGACCGGCCACUUCAUGUUGGGGAGACUUUGUAUGUGGAGGUUGGUCACCUGGGCCUGUCUUAUUUUGGGGCGUUGUCAUUUGGUUUAACGUCCUGUGACCCGGCUUGUCUGCAUGCGUCUGACCUACCCGCUGACCCCACGGUCCUCCUGGACAGGAAGGAGUACUGGGUGGUGCACCGGGGCUUCCCCACGCCAUGCUGUGGAGACAUUCUCAGCUUCAGUGUGCUCCCGAGUGGAGAGGUUCACCAUGGAGUGAACGGACUGGGGCGGGGCAGGCUUCUGUGUGUGGACUCCUCUCAGGUCCUAUGGGCUUUUUUCACUUUGCAUGGGGCCGUCAACAGACUCAGGAUACUGGGAACAAUGCAGUCCAGUCCCUCCUGCACAUCCCCCACAGCGUCUCAAAGCAGCAGCCCAGAUGACAGUUACUCAGAUCUGGCGUUCAGCGUCAACAGAUUAUCUUCUGCCUCUGAGUCUUCUCUGGUGACUGCUCCCAGCUCACCGCUCAGCCCCCCCACCUCCCAGUCUCUUCCUGUCUCUGAGCUGCCUCCUGCUGGGAAAAACGGAGAGUGCACCAUCUGCUUUGAUCAGGAGGUGGACACGGUCAUUUACACCUGUGGUCACAUGUGUUUGUGCAACGACUGCGGGCUGAGGCUAAAGAGGCAGAUCAACGCAUGCUGCCCGAUAUGCAGGAGGCCCAUCAAAGACGUCAUCAAAACAUAUCGACCGUGACGGCCCAGUCUUCAGCAUGAGGAACAGUAGCCUCACCUGGAGUCUUCUCAGGCUUGGCUGGACAACAGUCCCGAACCCCAAAUGGAAAGUGACCAUUCAACUACAUCACUGUGCCUCCAAGGUUUUUAUUUUAUACAAAAACAAACAUGGAGAUGGACUGAAGUCUCAAUAGGCACAAAAAAAAAACACGUCCCAUUGUGAUGGCUUUCAUCUCACUUAUAUUUGUUGAGCAGAAUGUUCUGCUUUGAACUUUUUUGCCAUAAUUGUUCUUGAUUUUCAUUUUUUCCCCCAGGAGAAUAACAUUUCUCUUCAAGUGCCUUCUCCUUUCCUGUUACAAAGUGCGUUUUAACGUCCAGAUUUGUAUGCAGCAAAAGUUUUAAUUGUAAUGUUAGUGUGACUAGAAGGUGUGUUGGCAAAAGAAAGAAUCAGGUUUUGCACACUGAUAGAGUGAUAACCACGGUCGUGUUUUUUUUAAAUGACAUCACUAUUUAAAAAACAAACAACAAAAAGCACAAUUACACUAAUAACCACGAUACAUAAAAGCUAAAAUAUAACCUUCAUUCAGUGUCAACAUAAUUAAAUUUAGAAAUAUGCACUAAAAUAGAAAUUUGCAGUUUAUUAAUGAAAAUCCUGGCACUAAACUAAAAAUCACCUUGUGUUGUACUGAUGAGAACCACAAGGGUCUGUUUUAGAAGAAUAAAUCAUUGCUGAUUUCUACUUGUACUUGGGCCAUCUUUCUUUUUUGCACAUUUAAAUAAAAUAAAUAUUGGAAAGUCAAAACACUUUUGAACAAA